GUUUCCCUUUAACUGUACUUCCCUUAUGACGCUGAAAACGUGACCCUGCCACUGCAGGGUGGAGCCGGAGACAACACUAUUACCUGUGUCAGCUGUGUCAGUCGGUUCUUUGGUGUAUGCGCAGGCGCGGUUGCCACAGCUUGCUACUUCUUUUUCCAUCCUUGCAUGUCUAAGGAGCGCCGCAGUAUUGGAGGACAUCUCAGCUGGAAGACGGGGGAAUAAGGAAUAUACACAUAUUAAAACCGAUGUUAAUUACUUCGAUCUGCAUGGAGAAAAACAAGGAUACUUUCAUGUUUCCACACAUGAGCCUCCGGACUGUUCACUGAGAUGUUCCAGGACCAGGCGCAUGGGAAGUUGAAUAGGAGCCCCUCACAAGCACAGCUGCUGGAGUGACUGCCAGGACUGCAUGUUGAAGGGAGUUCUCUGCACCUGUAAACCCCCUCUCUCUCCCAGCCCCCUCCCCUCCUUCAGCCAGCCCUUUUUUUGGUGGGCAAUAAAAUGCAUGUUAUGAAUUGCCUGUCUUUGGUCAAUGAUAAAGAACACCAGGAUGAAGAAUCUGCUGCAACUGGAUUGAUGCCUGGGCACCUGCCUGCAUCCACCCCUGUCUCUGAGAGUUCCCCAGAAGGCCCACCUCCUCCUCCUCCUCCUCCUCCUCCUCCUCCUCCUGUUCUUGUACCUCCCCCUCCUCCACCACCGCCUCCCCCAGGGGUCCCCCCUCCGCCCCCACCCCCUCCCCCGGGUCAGGGGAACAACACUCAGGGCAAUCAUAAGAAGAAACGUGUCCGGAGCUUCUUCUGGAAGACCAUCCCCGAAGAGCAGGUCCGCGGCAAACCCAACAUCUGGACGCUGGCAGCUCGGCGGCACACCUACCAGAUUGACGCCAAGACCGUGGAGGAGCUGUUCGGCCAGCAGGAUGAAGCCAGAUCCACAGCCGCUGCCGGCGGACAGAAUGCCAGAGGCUCUCGGGCUUCAUUUACGGAAACAAAGGAAGAGGUCAGUAUUCUGGACUCCAAGAGAAGUAUGAAUGUGGGCAUAUUUCUCAAACAAUUCAAAAAGUCAAAUGAGUCCAUCAUUGAAGACAUUUGCCAGGGAAAAAGCGAGAGGUAUGGAUCGGAGACCUUGAAAGAGAUGGCAAAAUUGUUACCUGAGUCAGAUGAGCUGAAGAAACUAAAAGCAUUUAAGGGAGAUGCAAGCAAACUGCCACAUGUGGAUUCCUUCAUGUACCUUUUAAUCCAAGUGCCAAGCUUUGCUCUCCGAAUUGACUCCAUGGUACUUAAGGAGGAAUUCUUUCCUUGCUGCUGCUCUUUGAACAAUGAGAUUGGAGUAAUACGCAUUGCUACAAAGGAACUGAUGUCAUGUGAGGAGCUACAUGCCAUUUUACAUUUGGUCCUCCAAGCAGGAAACAUCAUGAAUGCAGGAGGCUAUGCCGGCAACGCUGUGGGCUUCAAGCUCUCAUCCUUACUGAAGCUCGCGGAUACGAAAGCGAACAAGCCUGGGAUGAAUCUGCUGCACUUCGUCGCUCUGGAGGCCCAAAAGAAAGAUGAGACCCUCUUGAAGUUUUCUGAAAAGCUGCAGCAUGUUCAGAGCGCAGCCAGAUUAUCGGUGGAAAAUAUUGAAGCAGAGCUCCAUUCCCUGUCUGUUAGAACACAGUCCAUAGAGACACAGAUACAGCAAGACACGGAGCUCUUGCAGCAGCUGGAACAAUUCAUACAGAGCGCUGUGAGAGCCCUGGACGACAUGGAGAAGCAGAGAGUGAAGUUGCGUAAGGAGGGAAACGUUCUGAUUGAUUUCUUCUGUGAAGAUAGAGAGACCAUGAAAUUGGAUGAAUGCUUCAGGAUAUUCCAGGAUUUCUGCCUCAAAUUCAAUAAAGCUGUUAAGGAUAACCGGGAUCGUGAGUUGAAGGAGCUGGCUCGGCAGAAGCGCCUGCGGGAGCUGGAGGAGAAGCGGCACUCGUGGGCAGCGGGGGAUCACAGUGGUAACUUCGGUCGGAGCAGCAGCGAGAACGACGUGGAGAUGCUGACAAAGGCCGGCCUCCUCGACUUCCUGCAGCAGCCCCAGAGCCCGCUCUCACGCUCGUCCAGCGGCAGGCGCUCCCGGCACUCCCUGGUCGUGAUGGCAGACAGGGAGCUCCAGAACUUCCUGGAAGGCCCCGGAAGGGAGGACCCCAGCAAAUUCAACAGCCUCCCCCAGGUGAACGGGCAUCAGCCGAGGAAGAGCUCUCCAUGGAUGGACUUUCGAAAUGAGAACAAGGAACUUGACUUAAAAAAAAGCACACACUUAAAUGGGGACCAAGCAACCACGGCCUACAAAAACAAGGAUGCUGGCCUUCAAACUCCUGCGCUCACAUCUAAUAUGGAUUCAAACUUUAACAUGGAUGCCUGUGUAAAUAAUAAUAACAGUAAUAAUCUCUCUGAAACCAUCGCAUUGAACAGCAGCAACCAGGAUAAAAAUACCUGCCAAAAGUCACAGCUCACCAGUUGCGGCCAAAUUAAUGUUACUGUGGAAAGAUGCGCAUUGAUCGUGGGACUCCAGGCAUUUGAUUUUGCUUCUCCAUCUAAUAAUAAUAAAAAUGUGUGCUUGGAGAAUAAAGGAGAUCUUGUUGUUACAGAUUUAGAGAUGGCAAACAAUAGAGUGAAGACUCCCACUGUUUCGAAUACAAACAUUCCUCUGUCAAGUCUAAGCUCGCCAAGUGCAACAAAUGCAGAUUCCAAAAUGGAAUCUUCCCAGUUUACAGCCUCUGCUUCCCCACCUCAAAAAGUGGACGAGGAGGAGGACAACAGCACUGAUGUUUCCUCAACAACAUGUGAUACCCCUUUGCCUUUAGAUAGUUCUGCAUCUGACAAGAAGAAGUCACUAUUCUACCUUGGGGAUUGCACAGAGGCGGACUGUUCUGUAACAUUUGACUGCUCAGAAAGUUGUGAUGCUCAGACGGCUUCAAAUGAAUCUGGCAAUUUAGAAACCCAAACUGUGGAAUCCUGCCAGGACAACACUAAAGAGCAAAAUGCAGCUUCUUCUAACUUAGAAUCAGGAUCUGUCAAUGAUGCACCAGUUUCUGUCCCUCAUUCAGCCACCACGGAGGACAGGGCAUCAGAUGGUGGUAAAACAGGAGAGACUACAAAACAAAAGAAACAAGAGAAAGGAAAGUCGGAAAUCAACAAGAAAACCACUUCUGUCAAAGAGAAGCCAGCUCCAAAAGGAUCUAGUGUUCACGUCAGUAGUUCUGGCAGAUCUGUAAGGACACUAACACCUUCAGAAAACCAGAAUAUGCGUAAAGUGGUGCCUAUUUCCAGAAUGAGCAGGUCAGGCAGCUUGGCAAAGAAGACGGAGAGAGCCCCGGUAAGGGAGAGCAGCAGUACUGAAAUGAAGCGCCCCCAGCGUGAACACAGCACUGUGGGGAUCAAAAACGACCAGACCCCCAGGACCCCUCGGCGCGCCAGUCUUCCUGCAGAGGAACACAAGUUACACAGAGGGACUCCGGCCCAGGCCAGUUCCCGCUUGGCCAGAGAUCCAAUGGCACGCAAAAACUCUGUCAGAAAACCCAGUGCCAAACCAGUACGGAACAUACCCAAACCAGAAGAAAAGAUGUGCCGGUCCACCAUGAGGGCUCUGGCCCAGGCCCAGGCUGCAAACGAGGCAGGAAAAACUCAGACUCUGACUUCCAACAGCAAGGCCUCGGGGGCCGCUCCCAGCUUCGCAAGGAACACAGUGGCUUCUUCCUCCAGAAAGAUGAAAAAGGACAUGGCGCCAAGCUCGAACCCUCCCACUCCUUCCAAAAGCGCCACCCUCACCAGAAAUGGGCCUCAGAGAAACAAAACUAUGCCAGCACGUAGCCCACAGACUCCAAAGGACGACGACAAUUCACAAAUUUCUUUGAGAAGGGUGGCGAGCAUGAGAGUGACAAACAGGACACAGCAGCGUAGUGAGACACCGCCCCCCAAAAAGGAGCCCUCGCGCAAAGAAAGCAGUGUUUCUGAUAAGUCACUGGUUGAAACAGAAGACUCGAGCAGAGUGCCCACAGGAAAGACACUGAACCGCACCUGGAAGUAAAAUAUGUAGAGGUGUUUUAUUUUAUUAUUAUUAUUUAAUUUACAGCUUCAUGCCAUAAUAUUGUAUAAUUGUGUUUUUUUUUUUUUUUUUAAACCAUGGCCUUAAAAAGAGGUGGCAUUAACACGCUUCUUGCGAUGUCAUUUCAUAAUGACCACAUGAUCUGUAAAACUUUUGUAAAUACACUGUAAUGAUGUCCAAAAAUUUAUUUAGGUUAUUAAUCAAAGGUAAAUUGUGUUGAAGUCCAGCUGUGGUUCAGGUGCAAGAACUAGUAAAGCUCAAGAAUAUGCUAUUCAGAUGAGAGUGUGGAGUUAUAUCCUCCAUAUUUGUGCUAUUUUUCCUGAUUGCCCGUUUUACCCAAAUGCUUUCAAGUGGGUGGGCACGAAAUAUGCCUUUUCAAUCUGUGUUGUAUUGUUUUUUCUGUUGUAAUGAAGUUUAAAUGUUACGGGAAAUAUAAGAAUAAUGCUGCUGA